CUAUAAUUAAUUUCCACAAGUUCGAAACCAACAUACCCAAAGAAAUCAUGGCUUCACUCUUAAUUCGCUUCUUUCGUGUAAACUUGCUUUUCUUGAUGAUCUCUUUCUUUCAACUAUCUUUGCAACAACCAUUGUGUCAUAAAGACGAGCGUCUUGCCCUAAUGCAAUUCAAAGACAAUUUUGUCAUUGAAAGGCAUGCAUCUGUUGAUCCGUUUGCUUAUCCUAAAGUUGAUCUCUGGAAAUCUCAAGGGAUUGAUUGCUGCUCUUGGGAGGGCAUUCGGUGUGACCUGUAUACUGGUCAUGUCACAAGUCUUGAUCUUAGUAGCAGUUGUCUUUUUGGUUCUAUCAAUUCCAACAGCAGCCUCUUUCACCUUAGUAAUCUUGAAUACCUCAACCUUGCCUUCAAUGACUUCAAUUACUCUAAGAUACCAUAUGCUUUAGGUAAUCUUUCCAGGUUAGCUUAUCUCAACCUCUCUUAUUCUUUAUUAUUUGGUCAAGUACCGAAGGAAAUUUCAAAACUCUCCAAGUUAGCUACGCUUGACCUGUCUUUCAAUCUUGAUUCUUCAUAUCAAGGAUUGUUGGAACUCAAAAACCCUGAUUUAAACAGCCUAAUUCAUAACUUCACUAGGUUAGAACACCUUGACCUUUCUUUUGUUAAUAUAAAAUCUCCAAUUCCAAGUGUGCUUGCGAAUCUGUCAUCAUUGACAUUUCUCUAUCUCACUAAUUGUGGAUUGUUUGGAAAGUUUCCCAAAGCUAUCUUCCAACUAUCAAAACUUGAGUAUCUUAAUGUGAGGGACAAUUGGGGUCUUACCGGUAGUUUGCCUGAAUUUCACUUUAGCUAUCCACUUAAGGAAUUAUCAGUUGCUAACACUGGUUUUUCUGGUGAGUUUCCAGCAUCAUUUGGGCGUCUUAGCUCUUUAGAAUAUUUGAAAGUUAGAAAUUGCAACUUUUCAGGAUUAUUGCCAUCUUCACUUUCAAAUCUCACUGAGCUCACUAGAUUUGACAUCUGUAAUAAUUCCUUCAAGGGAUCAAAGGCUCCUUUUUUAUCAAACCUCACACAACUAACAAUUGUAUGUCUUGGUUGGAAUCAGUUCACUUUUAGUGAGAUCCCUUCUUUUGCUAGCUUGACUCAUCUCCAUGUGUUAGACCUUUCCUUUAGUCAUAUCCCCGGUCAAUUUCCAUCUUGGCUUGUGAACUUAACCCAAUUGACAUAUUUGUGUCUUCGCAAUAAUAUGUUAGAAGGGUCACUACCAAGCUCAAUUUCUACACUCAAGAACCUAGAAGCAUUUGAUGUUGGAUUUAACAACUUGAGUGGAAUAAUGGAGUUUCAAACAUUUUUUGGGCUUAGAAAUCUUAAAUAUUUGCUUUUAUCCUAUAAUACUUUUUCAUUGUCAACCAAAACCAUUGUUAAUAGCACAAUUCCAAAGUUUGCAAGGCUAGAACUAGGUUCAUGUAAUCUAAGAGAGUUCCCGGACUUCUUGCAUAGCCAAAAUCAGCUUAGUAUCCUUGAUCUUUCAUCCAACAAUAUUCCUGGCCAUAUUCCUAAAUGGUUGUUGAAAAUGAGUGCACACUUGUGGUGGUUGGAUCUUUCUAAUAACUCUUUGACAAGUUUCGAAGAAUCCUCUUUUGUCAUUCCUUCUAGUCUAUCCUUUCUAAGCCUUAGUUGGAACUUUCUCACAGGGUCUCUACCCAUUCCAUCAAGUUCCCAACUCAUCCUCUACAAUGUGGCAAAAAAUAAAUUUAGUGGAGGAAUCCCACCCACAUUUUGCAAUAUGAGUUCUCUAGUGUUUCUUGAUCUGUCUCAUAAUAACUUGAGUGGAAUUAUACCACAAUGUCUGGGCAACGUCAGCAAGUCUUUAUGGUUUUUGAAUUUGGAAGAAAACAAUUUCUAUGGUUCCAUUCCUGAAACUUGGGAAAUUGGAAAUGAACUCAAGAUGAUUAAAUUGGGACAUAAUAAUUUGCAAGGAAAGUUGCCAAGAUCAGUGUCCAAUUGCAAAAUGCUAGAGUAUCUUGAUCUUAGUAACAAUAAAAUCAGAGACACUUUCCCCUCUUGGUUGGGAGUUCUUCCCCAAUUAAAGAUUUUCAUUUUAUGUUUUAAUGGGUUCUAUGGUGCAAUCAAUGGUCCAGAGUCAGAUCUCUUGUUUCCCAAACUUCACAUUGUUGACCUUUCUCACAAUGAAUUUGAGGGGACUUUGCCAAUGGAGUACUUUAAGAGAUGGAAUGUCAUGACAAAUCUUGAUGAGGGGAACACAACAUACUUGCAAGCAAAUUCCACUUUCUUGCUGAAUAAUUCUACCGUGCCUUCUCAUGUUCUUUACACAAUUACAAUAACAAACAAAGGGAAGAAGAUGGAAUACCCAAAGAUCUUUGGGAUUUUCACGGCCAUUGAUCUCUCUUGUAACAAAUUCGAAGGAGAGAUCCCAGAAGUGGUAGGAAAUUUAACAAGACUUCAGCUUCUCAACCUCUCCAACAACAUGCUUACUGGUCCAAUCCCACCAGCCUUGGGAUUUUUGACAAACCUUGAAGCACUAGACCUUUCUCAUAACAAGCUCACUGGAAGAAUUCCUUGGCAACUAACGCAUCUCAAUUUCCUUGAAGUCUUCCGUGUGACUGAUAACAAUUUGACAGGACCUAUCCCAAAAGGCCAACAAUUUGAUACAUUUGAAAGUAGCUCAUUUGAUGGGAAUGCAGGACUUUGUGGAAUGACACUGUCAAAGAAAUGUGAUCACUCGGAGUCCAAGGCUUUGCCUCCAUCUUCAACCUCAGAAGAAGACUCUGGAUUCCUAGCUGAGUUUGGUUGGAAAAUAGUGUUGUUAGGUUAUGGAUGUGGAUUUGUUGUUGGUGUGGUCAUUGAGAUCACUGUUUUCACAAGAAAACCUAAAUGAUUUAUGAAGACCCUUUGAAUCAAACAGCCAAGAAGGCAAACGAGGGGCCAUGAAAGAUCAAACAAGAGGAUAAAUUGAAGAUUAAUAUCUCCAUCUAUUAGUGCACUAGAGUGUUUCUUUGUAUGUUUCUUUUUCCUAUUUUUCCCUAUAUUUUAUGGAUUGCAAGUCAAGUUUAGUAUAAGAAUAAUGUAUGAUAUGUAAUAUAAUUUUAAUUUGCAU